GUAUUUUCCAUGGGGCGGUUUGUCUGUUCAGCGUCUCGCCGGCCCACCCGAGUUUUCUGGAUCUAUGCUUAAGACCCGCAAUGACCCUGCGGUCGAUUUAGGGGAAAAGCAGCCCCCGCGGAGGAUGCUGGUAUCGCAGGCCCAGGUCGGCGGUGCCUCUGCGCGUUUGGGGCGCUUCCAGCGCCCGGGAGUGGAGCAGGCUCGGGUCGUUUUUGUCGCCUGGUUUGAGUUCUCGGGGCUCUCAGCUCCCCAGUCGGCCUCCCUACCCCCUCCAUGCCCGCUUCUACCUCCUGGCAUUGGGUAGUUAAUCUCCCCGUGCCUCCCGUUACUGUUCUUUAAAAUGGAGAUAAUUAGGACCGUCCCAAUAGAAUUGUUUUGGGAAUUGAAAAAGGUGGUAAAAAGAGAAAUAUUGAAAUAGUUCUUGGCCCGUGGUGAGUGGCGAUUUCUCCUUGCUGUUAAUUUCCAGGGGAGCUGUCGCGUCCCCGGGUUAGGGUUGGAGCUGCGGCGUCGCCGACCUGGCCUCCUCUCGGAUCCCCGCGCGACGCGGGUUGACACCAGCCCCCCUUUCUUAGGAAGCGCAGGGUUGCCCCGCCCGCACCGAGGGGAAGGCGGCUUGGACUUUCCUCGAGGACGGCGGCACGAUCGCGGCAUUUCAUUGCGCCCUCCUUCCCCCAGCCCGGCUUCCCAAAAAGCGACUCCUCGGCUACUGACAGCAAAGCUCUGCAACCAUAUCAUUACGGAGCAUUCAGAAGUUACAGAAAUAUGAGAGAAGAAGGCAUUUUUGAAUUACCCGUUCAUCCAGGAUAUAAAUAUAGCAAGUGAUGCUGCCGGGCGCAGCUCUGCCUCCCUGGGAUCUGUCUCGCUCAGGACUCUGCGCAUCGCAAGAAGAAGGAGGGAAAAUGGCCAAAUCCGAGGAGGUAUUGACCUUCAAGGACGUGGCUGUGGUCUUCACCGAGGAGGAGCUGGGGCUGCUGGACUCUGUCCAGAGGAGGCUGUACCGGGACGUGAUGCUGGAGAACUUCCAGAACCUGGUCUCUGUGGGAGGAAAGACCCAGAGUGAGGUGGAGACUGUUUCAGAAGCAGUACCACAUGAAGAGCUUUCCUGCUGGCACAUAUGGCAACAGAUUGCAAGUGACUUAACCAGGCAUCAAGACUCCAUGAUAAAGAGUUCUCAGGUCCACAAACAAGGUGAUUCUUCCAGCCAGGUUGGGGCAGUUCUGUGUAUAACUCACACAGGCCAGAAACCUUACCAAUGUAAUGAAUGUAAAAAAUUUUUAAGUAAUGUCUCCAACUUUGAUCUUCAUCAACAAAUACACUCAGCAGAGAAGUCUCAUUCAUGUGGUGAAUGUGGAAAAAGCUUCUGUUACAGCUCAGCACUCCAUAUUCAUCAGAGAGUUCAUAUGGGAGAAAAACGCUAUAAGUGUGAUGACUGUGGGAAGGAAUUCAGUCAGAGUUCACAUCUGCAAACUCAUCAUAAAGUCCACACUAUAGAAAAGCCAUUCAAAUGUGAGCAGUGUGGGAAAGGCUUCAUUCGUAGAUCAACACUUACUGUUCAUUGUAAAUUACACAUGGAAGAGAAACCUUAUAAUUGUGACAGAUGUGGAAGGGCCUUCAUUCAUGCUUCACAUCUUCAGGAACAUCAGAGAAUCCACACGGGGGAGAAACCAUUCAAAUGUGAUAUAUGUGGUAAGAACUUCCGUCGUAGAUCAGCACUUAAUAGCCAUUGUAUGGUCCACACAGGAGAGAAACCGUACAAAUGUGAAGACUGUGGGAAGUGUUUCACUUGUAGUUCAAAUCUUCAUAUCCAUCAGAGGGUCCACACAAGAGAGAAACCAUAUAAAUGUGAGGAAUGUGGUAAGUGCUUCAUUCAGCCUUCACAAUUUCAGGCCCAUCGGAGAAUUCACAGUGGGGAGAAACCAUAUGUAUGUAAAGAGUGUGGUAAGGGUUUCAUUUAUAGUUCAAGUUUCCAAGCCCAUCAGGGAGUUCACACAGGAGCAAAACCAUACAAAUGUGAGGAGUGUGGGAAGAGCUUCAGGAUGAAAAUCCAUUAUCAAGUUCAUCUGGUGGUCCACACAGGAGAAAAGCCCUAUAAAUGUGAGAUAUGUGGAAAGGGCUUCCGUCAAAGUUCAUACCUUAAAAUCCAUCAGAAGGCCCACUGUAUAGAGAAACCUUACAAGUGUGAAGAGUGUGGGCAGGGCUUCAAUCAGAGUUCACGACUUCAGAUUCACCAGCUGAUCCAUACUGGNGAGAAACCGUACAAGUGUGAAGAGUGUGGGCAGGGCUUCAAUCAGAGUUCACGACUUCAGAUUCACCAGCUGAUCCAUACUGGGGAGAAACCAUACAAAUGUGAAGAAUGUGGGAAAGGAUUCAGUCGUAGAGCAGAUCUUAAAAUUCACUGUAGAAUCCACACAGGAGAGAAACCAUAUAAUUGUGAGGAGUGUGGGAAGGUCUUCAGGCAGGCCUCAAAUCUUCUGGCCCAUCAGAGAGUCCACAGUGGAGAAAAGCCAUUCAAAUGUGAUGAGUGUGGGAAGAGCUUUGGUCGGAGUUCCCACCUUCAAGCCCACCAAAAAGUCCACACCAGAGAAAAGCCAUACAAAUGUGAGAAGUGUGGGAAGGGCUUCAAGUGGAGCUUGAAUCUUGACAUGCAUCAGAGGGUCCACACAGGAGAAAAACCAUAUAAAUGUGGGGAGUGUGGUAAGCACUUCAGUCAGGCCUCGAGUCUUCAACUUCAUCAGAGUGUCCACACUGGAGAGAAACCAUACAAAUGUGAUAUGUGUGGCAAAGUCUUCAGUCGGUCUUCACAACUUCAGUAUCAUGGGCGAGUUCACACAGGGGAGAAACCUUACAAGUGUGAGAUAUGUGGUAAGAGCUUCAGUUGGAGAUCAAAUCUUGUAAGUCAUCACAAAAUUCAUGCUGGUAAUACAUUUUACAAAGAGAAACCAUUCAAAUGUGAGGAAUGUGGGAAAGGCUUCAGUCGUAGAUCUGCACUUACUGUUCAUUGUAAAUUACACACGGGAGAGAAACCAUAUAAUUGUGAGGAGUGUGGGAGGGCCUUCAGUCAGGCCUCUCAUCUUCAGGACCAUCAGAGAGUCCACACUGGGGAGAAACCAUUCAAAUGUGAUGUGUGUGGUAAGAGCUUCAGUAGGAAUUCACAUCUUCAGUCACAUCAGAGAGUCCACACAGGAGAGAAACCAUAUAAAUGUGAAGAGUGUGGGAAGGGCUUCAUUUGCAGCUCAAAUCUAUACAUUCAUCAGAGGGUCCACACAGGAGAAAAACCUUACAAAUGUGAGGAAUGUGGUAAAGGCUUUAGUCGGCCCUCAAGUCUCCAGGCCCAUCGGGGAGUCCACACUGGAGAGAAAUCAUACAUAUGUAAUGUAUGUAGUAAAGGCUUUACUCUGAGUUCAAAUCUCCAAGCACAUCAGAGAGUCCACACUGGAGAGAAACCAUACAGAUGCGAUGAAUGUGGGAAGAGCUUCAGGAGGAACUCCCAUUAUCAAGUUCAUCUGGUGGUCCAUACAGGAGAGAAACCCUAUAAAUGUGAGAUAUGUGGAAAGGGCUUCAGUCAGAAUUCAUAUCUUCAAAUCCAUCAGAAGGCUCACAGUGUAGAGAAACCGUACAAGUGUGAAGAGUGUGGGCAGGGCUUCAAUCAGAGUUCACGACUUCAGAUUCACCAGCUGAUCCAUACUGGGGAGAAACCAUACAAAUGUGAAGAAUGUGGGAAAGGAUUCAGUCGUAGAGCAGAUCUUAAAAUUCACUGUAGAAUCCACACAGGAGAGAAACCAUAUAAUUGUGAGGAGUGUGGGAAGGUCUUCAGGCAGGCCUCAAAUCUUCUGGCCCAUCAGAGAGUCCACAGUGGAGAAAAGCCAUUCAAAUGUGAUGAGUGUGGGAAGAGCUUUGGUCGGAGUUCCCACCUUCAAGCCCACCAAAAAGUCCACACCAGAGAAAAGCCAUACAAAUGUGAGAAGUGUGGGAAGGGCUUCAAGUGGAGCUUGAAUCUUGACAUGCAUCAGAGGGUCCACACAGGAGAAAAACCAUAUAAAUGUGGGGAGUGUGGUAAGCACUUCAGUCAGGCCUCGAGUCUUCAACUUCAUCAGAGUGUCCACACUGGAGAGAAACCAUACAAAUGUGAUAUGUGUGGCAAAGUCUUCAGUCGGUCCUCACAACUACAAUCUCAUCAGAGAGUUCACACAGGGGAGAAACCUUAUAAUUGUGAGAUAUGUGGUAAGAGCUUCAGUUGGCGAUCAAAUCUUACAAUUCAUCACAGAAUCCAUGCUGGUAAUAAAUCCUCUAAAAGUGAUAGGGCUGUUAAGAAUAUGAGAGGGUUCACACAGGUAAAGUGUUUUAUAAAAUGAUUUUUAAAAAAUUUACGUGUCAUGUGAAUUCUUCCAAUCAAGUUCAAAAGAAACUUUUUUUUUUUUUCAUUAAAGCAGUGUUUCAGCCAUAGCUUAA